UAAGAUUGAAAGCUCUCUACUACAAAAAAAAAUGUAUUCAUCUGAUUCCGAUAGUCCAAAUACAAUCGAUAGCGCUUCAUCCCUGUAAUCGGAGACAGCACGUUUAAGUUUGUUUUGGUUUGGAAGCUGUGUUAAUUUAUGCGACAUGCGGUACGCGCAGAUAAUUGUAGGACCUGCGGGCAGUGGCAAGUCCACCUACUGCAGCUACAUGCAGCAAUACGCCAUGGACAGCAAGCGUAAUAUCCAAGUUGUGAAUCUCGACCCGGCGGCAGAACACUUCGACUACAGUCCGAUGGUGGAUAUACGAGAGUUAAUACACCUGGACGAUGCCAUGGAGGAUGAGGAGCUGCAAUAUGGACCAAACGGGGGCCUCAUCUUUUGCCUGGAGUUCCUCAUCGAGAACCAGGACUGGCUGAAGGCGCAGCUCUGCGGCGGCGAGGACGAGAUGAUGCUCGGUGAACCGGACGACGACUAUAUUCUAUUCGACAUGCCCGGCCAGAUCGAGCUGUUUACGCACCUGAAGAUGGGCAAGCAGCUGGUGGAGCUUCUAGAGACUUGGAACUUUCGCACCUGCGUGGUAUUCUGCCUGGACUCGCAGUUCAUGGUGGACGGGGCCAAGUUCAUAUCGGGCACAAUGGCCGCCCUCAGUGUGAUGGCCAACAUGGAGAAGCCGCACGUUAAUGUGCUGACCAAAGUGGAUCUGCUAGGUGCCGAAGCGCGGAAACACCUGGAGGCGUACUUGGAGCCGGAUUCCCACAAUCUGAUAAACGAACUGACCAUUGGCACAAGUUUUGGGGAAAAGUACAGAAAGCUCACCGAGGCGAUUGGAUCAAUGAUCGAGGAUUUCAGUUUGGUGCGCUUCUUUCCACUGGACUCUCAGGAUGAGGAGAGCAUGGGUGAUCUUUUGCUGCAAAUCGACAAUGUUCUGCAGUUUGGUGAGGAUGCCGACGUGCAAGUUCGUGACUUUGAUGAACCAGAGGAGGGCGAACGGGAUGAAUAAAAUAUAUAAUUAUUAAUUUUAAGG